CGCCAAUAGGAUCCCGCCCUCCCCGCGGGUCCCUCGCAGACCCGGGGUUGCCACCCGGGAGCGGCACGGAGGCUGCGGAGGAGCCACGUUUCGGGGACUCUAGGCCAGACGGAGACUCUCCCAGCCUGGAGGGAAGAGUGGAGCGCAGAGAGCGGUUCCAGGUCCGCGUGGUGAGAGGCGUGCUAUCGAGGAAGAAGUUGGAGGGGGACCAGUGUAACCCUAAGUCUGCGGGGUCUUGGGGUGCACACGCUCGGGAUGCUGGCCGCCGCCCUCCUCGUUUUCCUCUGCUGCUUCAGGGGACGUGCAGGCCCAUCGCCCCAUUUCCUGCAACAGCCCGAGGACAUGGUGGUGCUGCUGGGGGAGGAAGCCAGGCUGCCCUGCACUCUGGGCGCAUACAGGGGGCUGGUGCAGUGGACCAAGGAUGGGCUGGCCCUAGGGGGCGAAAGAGACCUUCCAGGGUGGUCCCGAUACUGGAUAUCGGGGAACGCUGCCAGUGGCCAGCACGAUCUCCACAUCAAGCCCGUGGAGAUGGAGGACCAAGCUUCCUAUGAGUGCCAGGCUUCCCAAGCAGGUCUCCGAUCCCGACCAGCCCAACUGCACGUGAUGGUUCCCCCAGAACCCCCCCUGGUCCUGGGCGGGCCCUCUGUGUCUCUGGUCGCUGGAGUUCCGGGGAAUCUGACCUGCCGGAGUCGGGGGGAUGGCCGACCCGCCCCUGAGCUGCUGUGGUUCCGAGAUGGGAUCCGGCUGGAUGGGACCACCUUCCGCCAGACCACGCUGAAGGACAAGACCACCGGGAUAGUGGAGAACACCUUAUUCCUGACCCCUUCCAGUCACGACGAUGGAGCCACCUUGAUCUGCAGAGCCCGCAGCCAGGCCCUGCCCACAGGGAGGGACACGGCUGUCACACUGAGCCUGCAGUAUCCCCCAGAGGUGACCCUGUCUGCUGAGCCCCAGACCGUGCAGGAGGGAGAGAUGGUGACCUUCCUGUGUCGCGCCACGGCGCAGCCUCCGGUCACCGGCUACAGGUGGGCGAAGGGGGGCUCCGCGGUGCUCGGGGCACGCGGGCCGAGGCUGGAGGUCGUGGCCGACGCCACGUUCCUGACGGAGCCGGUGUCCUGCGAGGUCAGCAACGCGGUGGGGAGCGCCAACCGCAGCACCGCGCUGGAAGUGCUGUACGGACCUGUGCUGCAGGCAAAACCUAAACCGGUGUCGGUGGACGUGGGGAAGGACGCGUCCUUCAGCUGCGCGUGGCGCGGGAACCCGCUCCCACGGGUAACCUGGACGCGCCUCGGGGGCUCUCAGGUGCUGAGCUCCGGGCCCACGCUGCGCCUUCCGUCCGUGGCGCUGGAGGAUGCGGGCGACUACGUGUGCAGGGCCGAGCCGAGGCGCUCGGGUCUGGGAGGCGGCACCGCGCAGGCCCGGCUGACGGUGAACGCUCCCCCCGUGGUGACGGCCCCGCACCCUGCUCCAGCCUUCCUGAGGGGCCCUGCCCGCCUCCAGUGUGUGGUGUUCGCCUCCCCUGCCCCGGACUCCGUGGUCUGGUCUUGGGAUGAAGGCUUCCUGGAGGCAGGCUCACUAGGCAGGUUCCUGGUAGAGGCCUUCCCAGCCCCGGAAGUGGAGGGGGGACAGGGCCCGGGCCUUAUUUCCGUGCUACACAUUUCUGGAACCCAGGAGUCCGACUUCACCAGGGGCUUCAACUGCAGCGCCCGGAACCGGCUAGGUGAGGGACGAGCCCAGAUCCACCUGGUCCGUAGAGACUUACUGCCCACCGUUCGGAUCGUGGCCGGAGCGGCUUCUGCAGCCACCUCCCUCCUCAUGCUCAUCACCGGAGCGGUCCUCUGCUGCUGCCGCCAUGGCUCUUUCUCUAAGCAAAAGAACUUGGUCCGCAUCCCAGGAAGCAGCGAAGGCUCCAGUUCACAUGGCCCCGAGGAAGAGACAGGCAGCAGUGAGGAACGGGGUCCCAUUGUGCACACAGACCACAGUGACUCGGUUCUUGAUGAAAAAGAGGCUCUGGAGGCAAAGGAUCCAACCAACGGCUACUACAAGGUUCGAGGGGUCAGUGUGAGCCUUAGCCUUGGGGAAGCUCCGGGAGGAGGGCUCUUCCUGCCCCCGCCCACUCCGGCUGGACUUCCAGGGACUCCUACUUACUAUGACUUCAAGCCACACCUGGACUUAGUACCCCCCUGCAGACUGUACCGAGCACGGGCAGGUUACCUCACCACACCCCACCCGCGUGCGUUCACCAGCUACGUGAAACCCACAUCCUUCGGACCCCCAGAUUUGAGCUCUGGGACUCCGCCCUUCCCCUAUGCUACCUUGUCUCCUCCCGGCCACCAGCGCCUCCAGACUCAUGUGUGAAGACGUCUCUCCAACUGAAGGGUCUCAGGACCUUCAACCUGCCAUAGAGGGUGUUUCCCAGAUUUCUAAGGAAGCAGAACACGUUGAUGACCUACGCCUCCAAAACCGAACACCAAAGGAGGGGAAGAGCAUUUCAGUCGUCGGGACCAUUGAUGCAUAGCUCAGCCAAAGGGGAGUCUCCAAGUGGGAGCAAUGUGGCCACUGCCCCUGCUUAUUCUCCCGUGAGAAAGACAUUCAAGAUGGUCACCAAACACUUUGCAAGGGGACAACGUCAGGAGGUGAUGGGAAUUAGGGACAUGGAUGGAGGGCCAGUAGAGAAGAUAUUUGAAAAUGACCAUGUGCAUCAAAAAUAAUGAUAGGGUAAAGCAAAUCAAGAUGAGAGAAAUCAUUCCCCCACCCCCACUCCGUCCCAGCUUGCCAAAGGAGGGGAACUUUGGCCAAUACUAGUAUAGCCAAUAUGGCUGUCCAUUCUCUGGAAACCCAAAAUGGCCUCUAUCUUGAUUCCUUCAUUAAAGACACAGAAAGAACUGAAUCCAAGGAGUGAGGAUGGGAUGAGAAUAAAGGAGAUAAGGGGGAUUCUUGGGCUAAGAAUAUUUAUGUUUAACUUAAAAAUGCAAAGAGGCAAAUGUGCUUGGAGGUGUCUCCUGGUGUUUUCCAUCAGUGAAGGGGUCCAGAGGUUGUGCUGUAUAUUGGCCUUCCUCUCCCCUGGCCCAGGGGCAGCCAGCAGCAGGAAUAAAACCCUAUGUCCUUUCUCAGC